CCUCUUGUGUCCUGUGGCAGCAGCAUCAUGUCGGUGAACCCUCCAAGCAGCAAUGACGCCUGCCUCAGCAUCGUCCACAGCCUUAUGUGCCACCGGCAGGGCGGAGAGAAUGAGGGCUUCGCCAAACGUGCCAUCGAGAGUCUGGUGAAGAAGCUGAAGGAGAAGAAGGACGAGCUGGACUCACUCAUCACUGCCAUCACCACCAAUGGUGUCCAUCCCAGCAAGUGUGUCACCAUCCAGAGGACGCUGGACGGACGGCUGCAGGUGGCAGGGAGGAAAGGUUUUCCUCAUGUGAUUUAUGCACGGCUGUGGCGCUGGCCUGACCUCCACAAAAAUGAACUCAAGCAUGUCAAGUUCUGCCAGUACGCCUUUGACCUGAAGUAUGACAAUGUGUGUGUCAACCCCUACCAUUAUGAGAGGGUGGUGUCACCUGGCAUCGUUGGUCUCAGCCUUCAAAAUACAGCAGCAGCAGGCGGGCUGAUCAAAGAGGAAUACAUCCAUGACUGUAUACAGAUGGACCUCCCACCUGGCAUGCCUCUGUCUGACCACCAAGUGGCCCUGAAGCUGCCUCCUCCGGAUCACUAUGGCCAGCCCUUGCCUCCUUCACAGCUGUCUUCUGAGCCCCAUGGACCCCCACCUGUCACCAGAUACACAAACCUGCCUGUCUCACCCAAAGUGUCCAGCUCUGGCUCCAUGCUACCACUGCAGGGCGGUCACAGUGACGGCCGUCUCCAAAGUGCAUCUCCACAGGCUCAAGUCAUGACCCCGGCACCACGACCUCCGACCCCAACCCAACCCCCUCAGCAACAGGCUGGCCAGCAACCCUCACAGCCCCCCCACCCACAACAACCCUCCCUACCUCCUUCUCACUCGCAUGGACAGAACGGAUACAGCAGCAAUAAACACUCUCAGAGCCAGGCUGCCUUCCACACAGUUUGGACAGGCAGCAGCACAGCCUCCUACACUCCUAUAGGACCCCAGCAGAACGGGCGUGGUCACCAACAACCUACCCUCCAUCAUUCAAACCACCACUGGUCUCAGCAUCAUGGCUCAACCUCUUUCCCUCCUUCUGUGUCCAAUCAUCCAGUUUCCUCUGUUUUCAUUGAAGGACCAGAGUUUUGGUGCUCUAUCUCCUACUUUGAAAUGGACGUUCAGGUGGGUGAGAUGUUCAAGGUGCCCUCCAGCUGCCCUGUAGUGACUGUGGAUGGUUAUGUUGACCCUUCAGGAGGCGAUCGCUUCUGCCUCGGCCAGCUGAGUAAUGUCCACCGCACAGAUGCCAGUGAAAGAGCCAGGUUACACAUAGGUAAAGGCGUACAGCUGGAGUGUCGUGGUGAGGGUGAUGUGUGGAUGCGCUGUAUGAGCGACCACGCUGUGUUUGUGCAGAGCUACUACCUCGACAGGGAGGCAGGCCGAGCACCAGGUGAUGCUGUGCACAAGAUCUACCCCGGAGCCUACAUCAAGGUGUUUGACCUGCGGCAGUGCCACAGACAGAUGCAGCAGCAGGCAGCGACGGCUCAGGCUGCGGCUGCUGCACAGGCAGCUGCUGUGGCAGGAAAUAUCCCCGGUCCAGGCAGCGUCGGAGGCAUCGCACCUGCAGUUAGUCUGUCUGCAGCAGCGGGGAUCGGUGUGGACGACCUGAGGCGACUGUGUAUCCUGCGGCUCAGCUUCGUGAAGGGCUGGGGGCCUGACUACCCCCGGCAGAGCAUCAAACACACGCCCUGCUGGGUGGAGGUUCACCUGCACCGUGCUCUGCAGCUUCUGGAUGAGGUGUUGCACACUAUGCCUUUGGCAGACCCAGGGCCUGCCAACUGAGGACCAAGACCGUGUUCAAAUUCCAAUCUGGAUUCUAUGAAUGUGUGAACACAGACACACGUUUGGAUAUUUUUGCUUCAGGCCAAAUAUUAUAAUUAUAAUAGUAUCUAAUUGAUACACAAAGCAAAUCAAUCAAAAACACACAAAACAUAAAUGACCAACAACACAUCAUGCUUGUAACAAUCAAUGCACACAUCACUCAUGCUGUCUCACACACAUGCACACACAGUGUAACCAAAACAUUUGUAGCCACACAGACAUAAGAGUGCUGAUGUCUUUGGGAUUUGUCUGUUUUACUCUGUACAAUCUAAACUCAAACACAAGGGAGUUGGAUCUCUGAAGGUUCAGAUUUUGAGUUUGUGUUCUGACCAAUUUGUCUCUGUCCUGAAGACAUUUGUAUGCACUGUAGAAAUCCAGGGAUGUGUUUCAGAAAUCCAGUUUCCCUAUAUGCAAUUUGGAUUUCUUCUAAUUGUAGGAGCGUUCUGCACAUUCAUUCAUGGAAUACACACAGAUGUGUAAAGAUUCUGCAUGAUGCAGCUGCAGAGGCAGCUGAACACAAGUUAUCCAGGAGUCUAGAAAACUCCAGACAGAUAACUGCAUACCUCUGGAACAUGCUGUCAGUAAAUUCACACUGAAUACAAACUGCGUUACAGUUGUCUUUACAUCUUAUCAACAGCAGAACUGAUGUAGAAGUAUGGAUUAAGGAAACCAGUGUUAUGUCAUCUCUGUGCUUGUACUGUGCUCUUCACUGUAUGUCUAAACUCAAACUGUUAGCAUUGGUAGCUGCUUAGCUCUGUUAUUACGCUCAGCUCAAGCUAUAUUAUUUUUGUACCAAAAGACUAAAAAGUCAAAAACA